AUGCCUAAGCUGGCGAAGGUCCUUUGGAACUGUAUCCCAGGGGAAAUUCUGGCCCACAUAUUUUCCUUCUUGCCUGCCAGAGACAGAUACAACGUUGUGCAUGUGUGUGAGCGCUGGGCCGCAGAAGUGCAUUCCAGUUCUGUUUGGGAUUUUACAGAAAUCGGGUAAGAGGCAGCAUUUGCGGUUGGUUGCUUGUACAGUAAAAAAGGAACAUGUACGUUAUUGACCUUGCCUGCUAACAGCCAUGUGUGUGUGUGGUGUAGAUGAAGAUGAAGAUGUAGUUUUCAUCAGGCACCAGUUAUCAUGGUCAGCCGAUAAGGAUCCUGAGAGUUGUAGCCAAACAACAUCUGGAACGCCACAGGUUCCCUGGCUCAAAGCCGCCUUCUCAUUCUCUGCUGGAAGGCACAUGCUUGUUAUCUUCUCCACAAGUUCGGUCAGUAUGGAUUUAAAGGUGAAUGAGACUCUCAGUAGUCAUACACAUGCAACCCCCCCCCAAUCCCCCCUUUUUGCUGUCAAGGGCGCUUCUCAGCCAAGGAAUGCACACAUCAGAUACUGUAGUUAAGUACUGUCAAAAAUAAUACAGGCGCUUCUACAGCUCUGGAUAUCUAUGCACUCCAAUUUAGCAUCUAGGCAGCUAUUCCCAGGUUAGUGCUCUGUGGAGCACUUGCAGCAACUGAGGGGGGGGGCACUCCCCCUCUACCAGUUUAUGUGCCUUCCUCUGACAGGCUGCAUGUAUGAAGACUGCGCCUGUGUGGAAACUUCCUCUGCUCAUCACUUUUCAAUUCCCUCCUAGUUCUGGGGGACAGUGGUGCACAAGAGGGUGGGAAGCACCUGGCCCUUGCAUUUGCCUGACCUGCCUUUCCCCCCCUCUACUACUUGCCUCCUGGCUGAUGCAUGUUCCCACAUACCAGUGGCCCCUCUCCUGUGCCAGACUGCAGCCUACCUGCUCCCAGGGAGCACUCGGCGGCAGCCUGCCAGUCCCUGACACUUGCUAUGGGUGUAAUGAAAGACAUUGGGACACCUUCACAGGUGUAUUGAAAUGGUGAGAGUACUUCCUGGAAAGCCAGAUCCUAGGAAUUUGGCAAAGGUCCCAAAUUAACUGAAAAGUACAAAAAAAAAUUUUUGCACCUCGCAGUAAAAACAUGGUGUGUGUCAUAAUAGAGGACAGUGUCCUAGUGCAGGAUUAAAUCAAGCUGCAUGGAGAGCAUGUUGUAACUGGUGGGUUCCAUUUCCUGCAUGGUUUUGAGUGCGCAUUUGCAGUAGUGUCCACAAACAAGCAUUUAUUUUGCUCACAGAAUAUUCAAACUCUAUUUGCUAGAGCUGUCUGAUUAUAAUACAAGGAUAGUUGGUCCUCCCUGACUCAUUCUAACCUGGAAAGCUGAAUCAUGUUCCAAGCCACACUGUUUAUAACUAGAAAAAUCCAAAUUAGCAUUAAGUGUACAUUUCUCCCUCUAAAAUGGGGGAGGCACAAAGUAUACCUGAAAACGGUUAAAGCUCAGACUUAAUAGUUGGUCAAACUAUUAUGCUUACAGGCUGACCUUGGGACAGUCACGAUAUCUCUCAGCUGAACCCACCUCACAGGGUUAUUCUGAGGGUAAAAUGAAGGGGGCGGGGAAGAAACAUGGAUAUUGCCUCAAGCUCCUUGGAGGAAAGGCUAUUAAACAUAGUUAAAUAAAAGGUUGCCGGGGGGUGAUGCUACAGCUGUAGAGUUGUCUAACUUGCUCCUAGAUCUAGAAGAAAUGCAAAUUAGUCAAUGUUCCAGAGAGGAAUAUUAGAAGUGCUCAUUUGCUGCAACUCAAAUUCAGCACUGCAGGAGUUCAUGGCUUCUCCCCAACCUCUUAUUUCAGGUUUGACACAGAGGAUGAGGACGAUGAGUGCCUGUUGCAGUGGCUACAGCCAUUCCUAGGCCUCAUCAGACACCUGCAGUUGGUGGUUGAGCAGUCCCUGGACCUGAACCGGAGACAAGCCACAGGCAUCUUGGACACGUUGGCCUGUCGGAGCUGCAGGUUGCAGGGGCUCUGUAUUGUAUGCCUGGGAAUAAGCCCCUAUUUCUAUUCCGGCCAAGAUGUCCUGCACAGCAUCCGGAGUAUCUGCCAGAGCAGGAAUGGGAUUGAUCUCCAGUAUAUUGACUUCCGGCAAAUGCCUUUCACUCUGGACAAUGGGACUGUUCAGAUGAUUGCAUCCAGCAGCCCAAACCUGCACACCUUGUUCAUCAACAACCAAGCGCCUGGUCCAAUGAUUCUCAAGCCAGACACCAUCUCUGAUGUUCUGAGGACCUGCCCUAAGUUAUCUGCCUUGGGGGUCUGCUAUGCCAGCUUAUCUGAGAAGAUGUUUUGGGAACUGCUGAAACCGAACAGAGGGCCGUUCCGGUUUCUGGACCUUUUCUAUGAAGGCCUGGACGUCAACAUUCCCAAAGAGCUUUGGGCUAUGGUGAGUGAGAAGCACCCACAGUUCCGCGUGAGGCUGGAGUUUGCUCCAACAGUCCCUAUAAGGAAGAUGCUUGUGGUACUGAAGCCAACCAUCCCCGUGGCCGCUUUGCAUUUUGACACACCUCUGCACAUGGCCGAUCAGGUUAAGUUCAUUGCUAGCACCUACAGCAGGACUUUGGAGAGGCUGGUACUUUACAACGCCCCCUCUGCUGACCUCAACGCUUCACUAAUAGAACUGGCAGGAAAGUGUGUGCAUCUGAAAGAGGUUCACUGUUACUCUGCGGUUAGCGAAGCAGUGGUAGAAGCUUUUAUUUUACACUGCCCAGGUUUGAAAAAAUACACCCUGUCAGCACAGAAGUUCUCUUUUGAUAUUCCACCAGCAGUCGUUCCGUGAUUUGACCAAAAUGAGAGUUCAUGCACACUUGUGCCCUGAAAGAGCAGCAACAUUAUUUGGCAUAAACAGCAUAAAAGUACUCGGUUGCUGUUUCCACUGAGUCUCCUGUUCCAGAGCCAUAAUAUGUUCACAGAUUAAAAAUAGGCAGGGCAGGAGUCAGUCCUAUGGGUAGCUGUAAAUUUUAAACCCACAAGCCCAACCUAGAGUUGAAGAUAAAAGCAUGUUGCUUGACAUCAGUGUGAAUAACACUGAAAUCUCCUGGAUACAGUAUAUUUUAAAUUUUAUACAACUGCAGAUUUUAGUAUGCCCCCUGCAACUCAGACAUCACAGAUAGCAUUUAUCACAGUUCACCAAGAUCUGCACAUAAAACAAUUUUAAACACUUUACUUGAUAUUCUAUUUUGGUAAGAACCUAACUUUAUUUUGCAGCGUAUAUUCUCAACCAUAGUAAGUCCAAGGUGGUGUGAUGGUUCAAGGGGCAGAAAUGAGCAGGAGCUCUCUUGUCCUACAGUUGACUGACAGAGGUUUGGUAAAAGGUCUGUUCGUGUUAGUUACUUUUAAGCUUUGUUGUGUUUUUUAAAGCCUUGCCAAGAAGGAAACAUGUUCUUCAGUCACUGUAUGUCAGUCACUUUCUGGACUCUGGUGGCAAUAUCAUUCCAAACGCCCCUACCAUCGGUUUUUAGCAGAACUUAUUUUGUAUGCAGCUAAGUUAUAUUCCAGAGUAGACACAUCAAAAUUAAUGGAUGUGACUAAAUGGAGUCCAGUAAUUUAAUGGGUCUGAGUAGAACUGAGCUACAUGCAACCCAGGGUUUAGACGUAUGCUAUCCGAAGACUGCAGCUCUGAUCUGGAGAUCUGACUUAUCUUCAGGAGUGUCUCUGAUCCAGGAUAGUCAAAGUGUCAGGUCACUAUUUCAGUUUCUGAGAAUUUUGAGGUCUACCUGGUUAGGGUGCCGAUUAACAUCCUUGUCAAGAGGAUGGCUGCCUGGAAUGGCAGCAUCACAGGCUGAAACCCUAUAGAUGCAGCUCUCCCAUAAAGAUGGAGGUAUGGGCAAAUGGCACUUUUUGAAUUUCUGCUGUUCAGCUGUGGCAGCAGACGUGGGUGCACGUUACUUUCUAGUGGGAACUGAUGCACAUAUCUCCAUCCAGAAAUGGUGUCCAGACACCCAAGCUUUGGACAUCAUUUCUGGAUGGAAUUACAUGCAUCAGUUCCCACUAUGGAAGAUAUGUGGGGAUAGCACAGUCAUGGAGUUCUUCCCAUCUUUCUGCCUUCUAUAUGUAACUGGUAGUUUGGGACAUCUGCUUAGGGCUCUUGUAUUUGCAGAUCAUGGCUCUGAAACCAGCUGAGUCCAAGGUUCCUGCAGUCAAUUAGGGCUUAUCCACACUUACCUUUUGCCAUGAGCUUUCCUGCGAAAACCCGCUCUUUAGAGCUGAAUCGGAGUAAACUUCAAUUUGGGUUUUCCGCAGAUUGAUGUUUACUCUGAUUGAGCUUUAAAGAGCGGGUUUUUGCAAGGAGAGCUCUGGAGCAACGGGGGGGGGGGCACUUAGACAUGGAGCUUUAAAUCACAUAAUGUGCCUGGAAAGAGCAGAGGAACGGUAAGUGUGGAUAAGCCUUUAGCUGAUGGCUGGAUGGAGGAAGAGCUGCUUGUGAGCAGGGGCAUCAGAUGCAGAGGGUGGACUCUGAGGCACUUACAGGGAUGAUGUUCACCACCUCAGCUGUCAGUCACUCUGCUUAGUGACAGUAGUCUCCAGGUGGCACACCUUCAAUUCUGCUACUGUGAAUUGUCUCUAUUGUAAUAAAUACUUUGAAACAUUUUCCUUACUGUUGGAAUUCUCCUUGCUGUGUUUGUCCUCUUGGAAACUACAAGAAAAGCAGCCUAGAAGCUGAAAGAACAAAUGAAAUAAAACUUAAGGUGGCCUUCAGGUAGGUCUGCUUCCACUAUCGCUUCCUCCAAGUUGCGCCAUCGGGAAGGCGAAAGAGCCGCCCUUGGCCCUUUCCGGGGCUUUUGCUGACCUCCUGGCCUACUGUGUUUGUGCAAGCAAGUGUAUUCUCUUUCCAUGAUGCUGCAUCUUUAUUCACGGCAUUGUGCAAUGCAAAUAGCGGUGCGUUUUCAUUCUGUGCAUUGUUCAACCCGAGGGUUGGCCAUGCCUGCCCAUUGUGCUGGGCUUGGGAGAGAGCCAGCAGCAUUGCUGAUGUGAUUUUUGUGGGAGGAGGAUGUUUUCUCGGCUCUGCCUGGAUCGCUAAAUGGUUUUGUUUCUCCCUCUGACACACGCACAGAAAGGAAGGGAGCUUUGCUGUGGGGCAAGAGAUCAUGGCACUAGUGUAGUCAGAGCACCACAAAAAAAAAAAAACAACUAUGCAGGACUCAUCCACCUCCUUGGCUAUGGAUGGCUACCCCAGCAACGUACCAGCAUUCCUCACCAAGCUGUGGACAUUGGUCGAAGAUCCUGAGACCAACCAUCUCAUCUGUUGGAGUAUUGUGAGUACAACUAAUGUUGGGAGCUGCUAGUUUGGUGUUUGACAAGCCCUUGUAGGGCACUGUGUGUCAUGCGCAACUUACAGGGGCUUUGUUAGCCAGAAACCACACAGUGGUCUCCGAGGGUGAUGUGUACAACUGGUAUUUUUCAGGUACCUAACCUAACCAGUCUUAUGCAUGUUUACUUCUAUGCUUUGUUGAGUUCAGUGGGGGUUACUCAAAUGUAAGGUCUAGUUUGUGCAUCAGACAGACUUGAGAUGAUGGAAUUCUGGGCUACAGUGCUUCAGACUGUAGGUGGGCUGGAGUGUCAAGCUGGUUUGUUCUAUGUUCCCAGCAUAAGUUUCCUUAAUGUAAUAAGCUUCGUAUAUUGGGGAGAAAACUCUACCUCUGAGGGAGAAGGCUGUGUGCUAAGCUUGAUGUGCUCGUUUGUUGUCUGUGAAGAGCUUUCCCCACUGGGGAGCACUUGGAAAUGCAACUCCCCACCUACAAUCUGUGGGCCAGAACCCCAGCACUUCAUUCUGCAUGAAGUUGCAUCAGGUGGUUCUCUACUGGUGAGGGGGGAGAAAUUCAAUUUGGUUCACAUUUAAAGGUGAGCUUAAACUAAUUCGCAAUUUCCUAAACAAUAUGUGAACCAAGACAUGAAAACAUGGCCAUCCUUCAAAUUCAUAAUUCUCCAAAUUUUGCAAUGAAAUUCUCCAGCUAAGCAAUGUUUGCAAAAAAUGGGUAAAGUGCACAUAAGAAUGUAUAUAUUAGUUAAAAUAAUUACACAAAUAAUAAUUAAUAUACAAAUAGUAAGGAACCUUGUUUUGCAAAAAUGUGCAUACUGGGAGAAACUUUCACUGAAAUGCCAAUGAAUUGCAAACUGAUGCGAAAAACUAAAUGAGAAAUUGAAAUUUGUCAGAUUUCCCCAUCCCUACUGUUUGCAUGAAAUUGUAGCUGCCUUCCCCUAUCGAGUUGUUCCUGCAGCUGAUUUGAUCACCUGUUUGUUUAUUUCACAACUGUCUGUCCAUAGCUGUCAUCUUGCAUGGGAAGGCAAUGGGCCUUCCCACCUUUCUCAACCUGGUGCCUUCCAGAUACCUUAUUUGGCUGCCUGAUAAGCUGUGACAAUUGGUCAUACUGCCAAGGAGCUCAGUGUGACAUACACUGUUCUCUCUCUCCUCAUCUAACCCCACAACAACUGUGUGAGGUAGGCUAGACUGAGUGGCAGUGACUGGCCCAAAGUCACCCAGUGAGCUUUGUGGGAGAUUUAAACCUUGGUCUCCCAGGUCCUAGUCUGAGACUUUAACUUAACCACUAAACCACCCUGGCCCACUGGAAGCUGGGGCCCAGCAAUAUCAGAAGGACACCAUGCUGGGAAGGGGAAGCUGUGAGGAUCAGUGCAGCACACAGACAGACCCCUAAAGUGUCCCUAUUUUCCAGGGACGUCCCAGAUUUCGAGAAGCUGCCCUUGUUUCUGAUUUGAUCCUUGAAUGUCCCACUUUUCCUUAGGAUGUCCCUAUUUUCACUGGAGAAAUGUUGGAGGGUAUGCACAAAGGUUAUUUUUCUAUGGUGAUUUUAAUUCCCAAUCAGUUAUACUUUCAGUUGCUACAUUUUAGUAGCUUGUGAAGCGUUUCUUGAUGGCUCUAAAAAUUAGUUUUUGCACAUUACUGGCUGCUGUUUCAUUUAUCUUAUAACAUAAAAGCACUGCUACUUUAUUCUGAUUACAAAUAACGAAGUGUGUCAAUGGUCAUUGGCUGAUACGGAGAAAAUAUAAUGUUUGCUGGGGGUUUGGGAGGGUUGUUUUUGUUUUUGCUGUAAGCAGAAAUUAGUAGGAUUUAACUAGUUUCAUCUGACCUCUGAACAUGGGAUAUAUGUCUCGAAUGCCUCUAAGUGUGGUGGUGCUCAAGUCUGCAGGACUUUUCUAUAAAAUUACCCACUAAAUGUCUCAAACCAGACUUUAGAAUCAGUAGUUAAAUUUGUGGGUGAGAAUUUUAAAACCAUAUUUUCAUGGUGGAUGUUUUAACUCUGUGUUGGGAGUAAUGAUGGAAAGAAAGUGAGCCGGGGUACUUUCCUUGGUUCAUUCUCUUCCCUCCUUUCAGAACACUCUUGUUUGUGAAUUUAAAAGAGAAAAAAUCCUGCCUGCAUCUUGAGCAAAUUCUAACUGAGAACUGGUUCAUGGUCUGGUUUUAUCAUUCUCAAUAUGGAUAACUGUAUUCCAUAAAAGUAAAAAAUACAUUAAAUGUAAAUUCUGAAACAUUGGGUGGUGCUCAGCUAAGUCAUACUUAGAGCCAUUGAAACCAAUGGACUUUACUUAUGUAAGCCCAAUUAUUUAUGUCGGUCUGCUCCAUGACUAACAUAGAAUGCUGUCCUUUUGCAAAACCGUUUUAACUGUACUUUUUUUUUAAAAAAAGUUUAAAAUGCACUGUUUUGCUCUAGAUACAUAUAUGUGCACAAGCACACAAAUAUGAGUUGACAAAUGUUUAAUCCUACUUGGGACUGAGUUGAUCUCCCUCAUACUGCACUUGGACAUCACAGUAAACUGUGGGUGUUUAAGAGGAUCCGGUCAGCAGACUGGAUGUUGUGCUCUUGCACUCACCAGUAACCUGAUGCCACCACAACACUAGGUGACUUGACUUUAAAGGAAAGAAUUAGGAGUACACUUGAUGUUCAUUCCCAGUUCUUCUUUUUGGCCAUGGCUUGAACUUUUCCAUACUUGAUGUCAUACAUGAUGAAAGGCCUGGAAAAGUUGGGUGGGAUUUGCCCAGUGCAUCCUGAUGAUGUGGGUCUAAUUAGGCCCAACAUGCUGGAGGUUUCCACUGCCUCACUAAACUAUGGAUUGGUAAGAUGUAAAUGAACCUAUCAUCCUCUCCAGCCUCUUCCCUGAUCGCAGAAGGACUUAGAAUCAUUUGCUUCUAGUCAACUGCAGUGUGUUUUGUCUGAACCAAUAAACUGUGGUUAACAUUAGGUAAAGGGACCCCUGACCAUUAGGUCCAGUAGUGACUGAUUCUGCGGUUGCGGCGCGCAUCUCACUUUAUUGGCCGAGGGAGCCGGCGUACAGCUUCUGGGUCAUGUGGCCAGCAUGACUAAGCCACUUCUGGAGAACCAGAGCAGCGCACGGAAACGCCGUUUACACUGGAGCGGUACCUAUUUAUCUACUUGCACUUUGACGUGCUUUCAAACUGCUAGGUGGACAGGAGCAGGGACCGACCAACGGGAGCUCACCCCGUCGCGGGGAUUCGAACCGCCAACCUUCUGAUCGGCAAGUCCUAGGCUCUGUGGUUUAACCCACAGUGCCACCCACGUCCUACGUGGUUAACAUUAAGUAGUCCUAAUUUCAAACAAGCCACCUUUGAAACUGGUUUCUGAAACUUGCUUAUUAGCCCCAGUUUUGAAUCUGUACAGCAUGGCAAGCCACGGUCGAAAGUUUCCCAAGUUCUCUACCUGCUUGAGGAGGGAGAGCAGGGAAGCAUGUUAUUCUAGGACAGUGACAUGGGGAGGAAAGUUUCCACUGCAAACGUCUAAAUUUUUACUGUACUUGUGAUAAAAAAUUACUGGUGGUAAUUGACAAAUGCCAAUGUAAUAUUAAUCAAGGUUGACGGUUUCAGUAACUAAUAUUUUCAGGUCAUUAUCCAUAAGAAGUGUGUAAAGUAUGUGUUUUGUAAAAAUGAGGGGUUGUGGAACUAAAACACAAAAUACCCUUGAGUCUACAAGCAUCCUGGGGCUUUUGGAGAUGGUGUUGAGAGGGCUCCGCCCCACUGCAAGGCAGAGAGUUUAAAAGCUCUUUCUGUGCCUAGAAGACCCUUUACAGCCUUCACCUCAAACUUCUCCAUUUUGGAGAAGCCAUGCCACCUGGCCCCCGGUACACACAUCUGUUGUCUUACAUAACACGAGAUGUUAGGCAGGUAUGAAUUGGGAGUUAAAUCACACACACAACCAUAUAUGCUAUGUAAGUUGCACAUUAUGGAGUAAUGUUGGUCACAAGAAAUUUGCAUGUAAAACACAUUUCAGGGAGCAUCACAUCUUGAUGCUAAUGAAAUCAAAGAAGAGAAUAAAGUUAAGCCAGAACAUCAUUUUUAUUUUCAUUUGGUGGGGGUGGGGGAGAGCAUGUGUUUUUGUGACCAACAAAAGGCACUCAACCAACUAGGUUUUAUUGUCCUAAACUCAUCUGAUUGUGUUCCUAACACAAAUUUUCUUCUCUAUUUACCAAAUGGGAAAACAAAACUAUCAAUACAAUAAAGGAUUAUGAGCCUAUUGUCUAUUUACUUGGAGAGGUCUUUAACUGAAGAUUAGAUGGGGAAAUAGGGACAUUCUGGGUCACCUUGUGUCCCAUGCUGCUGGAUGCCACUUGGAAAAACUCUUUUCAGAUAAUUAAACUGGGAAAUUAUUUAUACAGUGAUACAGAACACCAUAACUAUAUAUGGAAAUGAAAAAUGGUUCUGUAAGUUGACGUUUUCAUGAAAUUGCCAAGUUCCACCCUUACCUGAUGAGUCCCUCUGGGGUCAGUUCAGUCUCUUGCCAUUCACUACAAUACAGUAGACCUCAUUUUAUUAAAGUUUGUUUAAUGGGCCAUUUGAUAAAAUAGUGGAGGUGCAUAUUUCACAGAAGCUUGUGGGCUACUUGCUUUCCUUUAGCACUAUAGAACUACACUCGACUGCAGCAGCCAGUAAAACCAGUUCUUUUUUCGGGGGUACGCAGGGUACGCAUACCCCUAACAUUUUGUGAAUGUAAGUUUGGUCUCAUUGAGGGGCAGUGUUUCAAUAUGAGUAGGAAUAUGAGAGUACCCCUAAACGUUUUUUUUAAGAAAAAAAGCACUGAGUAAAACUAUGUUAUUUUGUCAGUACUGGGGUCUGAACAGCAGCAGUUCACUGGAGGACUGCUAACUUCCACUGCUGACUAAGGAGGUCAGGAACAUUAGGAAGACCUUUAUUUAACAAAGUAAUAAUAGUAAAUAAAAAUGUGAACCUCACCCCCAAGACCAUUCCACUGUUAAAUAUCUACCCUCCCAAAAAUUCAACACCUCUUGCGGUGGUUUGACCCAUUUCCGUUUUAACAGUACAAAUUCUACAAAUACCUUCCAUAUCUCCUCAGAAUAAUUUCUCCUGCAUAUUUCCUGUUUUACCUUAAUAGCACAUGUUAAUUUAUCAUUAAUAGCUAUAUCCCACACCUCUUUAUACCAUUCUUCCAUUUUAUAUUCACUUUGCUACUUCCACUUCCUAGCUAUAACAACUCUUGCAGCCAUCAGUAAAGGAAGAGCUUUUUGAUGGUAAGAGCUGCUCAACAGUGGAGCGGACUCCCUCAGAUUGUGGUGGACACAAUUACUGCUGAAUGGGUAUUGGGGGGGGGGGGCUUGUUCUACCACCACCUUCUAGCAAGGAAGCUUGAUCCUUAUUUAGAAUUGGAAACUAGUAAUGUGUAAUGUGCCGAGAUCUAUAAUUGGGAAGAGGAGCCAUAUGGUGUUAUUGAUAUCCACACACAGGGCCUGUUCAUGCUUCCAUUUGCCCAAACACAUUCCCCAGAGAAAACCCGCAGUUUAGUGCUGAGUCGGCCCAAAUGGCAAUCGGGUUUUCUGCGGAUUGCUGUUUGUUCUGAUUUAGCAGUAAAGAGCGUGUUUUCCCAGGGAAACCUGUGAGGCAAACAAAAACCACUCAGAUCUGUGCCUAGGAAGCACAGCACAAGUGGAAAACCUCUUGGACUCAUGCUUUUAGGUGCAGGAUGAGCAAAGUGUGAACGAGCCCACAGUUAAGAGUAUGUGUUAUAUCUACAUAUAUAUGCACAGCAGCUGUGUGUACACAUUUUGAGAUUUUAAAUAAAUAACACACUUCACUAAGAAACAGACAUAAAGGUAAAGGGACCCCUGACCGUUAGGUCCAGUCGCGGACGACUCUGGGGUUUCGGUGCUCAUCUCGGUUUACUGGCCGAGGGAGCCCGCGUUCAGCUUCGGGGUCGUGGCCAGCAUGACUAAGCCGCUUCUGGUGAACCAGAGCAGCGCACGGAAACACUGUUUACCUUCCUGCCAGAGCAGUACCUAUUUAUCUACUUGCACUUUGACAUGCUUUCGAACUGCUAGGUUGGCAGGAGCAGGGACUGAGCAACGGGAGCUCACCCCGCCAUGGGGAUUCGAACCACCGACACUGAACCACAGUUAAUUACACACUACAGUGUUUGUAUUGUUGGCAGAUCAUAAUAAAAACAAAAACAAGGGAAGCCUUGUGGUCCCUAAGAAAAAAGUUCCAAAGAUAAAGUAUACUGUAAUUUUAUUAGGACAAACCAAGAAGUCACAAAAAUGUGGUGACCUUUCCAGUUCUUCAAAACUUCCAUCAGGCAAAAUGAUACACAAAGUGGGAAGGAGGGGGGUUGGAUGGGGAUUUUAAUAUUAUUUUGGUAGAAAAAUCAGGUUGGAUGUUGCAACAAUGAGGUCUGUUUAUGGGUUUGGUGUUUCACGAUGAAGAUAGCAGACCUAAGUGCCUGUCUCAUGCUGAGGUACCAAAUUACACACCUGAGAAAAUAAAACCUUGCUUACAAGAAGGUUUGUUCAGUGUGCCCAGCUGGGCUGGGCGCAGUGGGUUUCCUGGGGGGGGGGCACUGGGCACGCUGACAUCAGGUGCACCCGCACUUGCACCCAUGAUGUGCAUGGUCCUGCACAAAAAUUUGUGGGUGCCCUGCCCCUUCAUGGGGAAAGUUGUGGGGGCUGGAGCACCCACAGCCCCACACACUUGGCGCCUGUGGUUCUCUGCCAAGAGGCAUAUUGACUGUGAUUUUUGCAUUGCAUUGUCAUUCAACAUACGGUUUUCUCCUUUCUGUACUUGCCCACUAAGCUAUUGCUUAAUGCAUCUGACAAAGUGAGCUUGACUCCUGAAAUGUCAUGAUAAAAUAUUGUUAAGUCUCUAAGGCGCCACAAGCCUCACUCGUAGAUUUUCAAGUAUCUAAAUGUGAAGUAAAGCGCCAACAAACACAGCUCAGAAAUGGCAGCCAGGAUGCAAAUUUCAGCCCGUCCUUUGUUUGAAAAUGCUGGUUUGUUAUUAAUCCGGUUUCACAUAUUUGUAGAAUCUCAGUUUAGCAUUAGAGCUUUAUAGUAACGAGCAAGUAGCUAACAUUAACUCUUUUUUUCCUUUAAAGAAUGGUUCCAGCUUCCAUGUUUUUGAUCAAAGUCGGUUUGCCAAGGAGGUGCUGCCUAAGUAUUUCAAACACAACAAUAUGGCCAGCUUUGUGCGACAACUGAACAUGUGUAAGUAACAUUCCCAAGAUUUAGAAAAUACAGUCUUGCUUGUAUGAUGGAGGAAAGGUCAUGAUUAAAAUGAAUUUAGUACUUUUAAAAUGUGGUUUUAGUACAUUGCCAGACCUAAAAAGCAGAAGCACUAGAACUGACUUAUGUAUUUGGCAACCUAGCAAGUUAAUGUUUGUUAGAGACAUUUAAGUUUAUGAUAUAUUCACAUAUAAUGGCUGCCAUGAGCAGCAAAAGAAGAAGAAAAAGGUGCCAGGUACUCUGAACUGCUGAGCAGCAUCACAAAAAGGCACUGUUAAAAGGUGAAAUCAACGGGAUAUCAGUUUUUAAAUCUCACUGUUCUUCAAAGAAUUGAGAUAAAAACAAUAGUGACAUAAAUAAAAAGUUAUGUAUCAGCAGCUAGCAAGAGUUCAAGGAAGGAAGCAAGAGACGGGGGGGGGGAGAGAGGGGAGAGACCACUGGGCUCUCGCUUUUCUGGGUCCAUAGCCAGGGACUCCUUUAAUCUGGAAGAGGCAGGGUAGGCACACUGAGAAUUCUCCACUGCCUCUCACCUUCUUGGGGGCUCCACACAAAGUGGGAAUAGUGGAAAUAUUGAAGAUGUAGACUUAUUGCUGACCUGGGAUUUUGGCAGAUGCUUUGUCUCUCUGUCCUCUAGAACUAGCACACUGGUUCGCAAGCAUGUGUUUGCCAUAUCCACACUUUUGUGCAGUCAUAGAUGUAUACCUAAUGUGUAAAUCAGCACCCCGCCCCACCCGUCCUUCUGCUUCUCACCAGGCUUCUGUUUGUCCAUUUAGAUGGCUUUAGGAAAGUGGUGAACAUUGAACAAGGCGGGCUUGUCAAGCCUGAACGCGAUGACACUGAGUUCCAGCACCUUUAUUUCCUACAAGGCCAUGAACACCUCCUUGAGCACAUCAAAAGGAAGGUAGGAAAUGCAAGUAACUAUUAGGCUGUUGUGAUCAUGUGCUACAUACGGCCUGCUUGGGAGAGGAUAGGAAUUACCUCUUACCAUGCAGGUGGUAUAUUCAUAACAUAAGAGUAGCCCAAUACAAAAAAAAACCAAACAAACAAAAAAACAUUCAUACCUAUCAAGUCCUAGUGAAAGCAGCAUUGAGUCCAAUGGGACUUAGGGCAGCUGCCUACACUACACAGUAUUAUCAUUAUUAUAUUUAAUUUAGAUACCAGUUACUUGCUAAACCGGCUUCUAAGUGAUUUACAAGUAUAAAACCAAUUACCAAAAUAUAGUCAUACAUCAUUAAAAUAUGCAAUAAAUAAUUGCAUCAAAACAUAAAAUUAACAUCCACAAUUAAAAUAUUCAAUGAACAAACCCAUUAAAACAGCAAGCAUUAUGAUGUUGUUGUUGUUUGUUGUUGUUGUUGUUGUUUUAUUUUCCACCCUCUUUCCCAGCUUGAGCUCUGUAGGGUUAUCUAAACCUGGGAGAGAUCAUGUGACAUCAGGGAUCGCCCUUCCCAUAGUCCAGGAUCCGGACAAGGGAAGGUGUCCUCACCAGAUAAAAAUAACACUUGCCAGUAAAUGUCCUUAUGUUUCCCUGACGUUCGCCCACUGCAUUUUUAGGAGUACGCUUGCAAAAGCUCAGGAAUGCACUGGAUGAAGAGGGCCUUAGUUGCAUUUAGCGUUCCCUGGAUUGUGUUUCCUACCUCACACAAUUUAUCCUUCUAUUUCUGUUUCUUUCUUUGGUUGUUUCUUCAGGUAUCCAUUGUGAAAAGUGAAGAAACCAAGAUGCGCCAAGAAGACCUUAGCAGGUUACUGUAUGAGAUCCAGAUCCUCCGGGGUCAGCAAGAGACAAUGGAGUGUCAGGUGCAGGACAUGAAGCAGUAAGUGGAUGCUACCAGAAGCAUCCUGGCAUUGCGGGGGGGGGUAGGACUAGAUGACCCUCGGGGGUCCCUUCCAACUCCACAGUGCUAUGAUUCUAUGGCAUAUUACCUGUACCCAGUCUGACUACUGGGAGAAUUCCGUGUACAUGCAGCUGGAGUGUUACUUUUGGCCUCUUUGGAUGAGACUUGCCUCCACAGAAGGUAAAGAUACUGCAGUUACCUGAAUAUGGGCCCAUCUUUACUCCAGAUGUCACACCUACGAUUUCUAUGUCAAAGGUUAAGGGAGGCCUGACGUUCAAAUAACUGUAGACUGACUCCGGUUUGGGUGAGUGCAAGUGUUAAGUUGUGGGCAAACAUGUCAGACGACACAGCGAUUCUUUAAACAGCUCUUCUUUAUUCAGAUGCCAGAACAGAACUAGCCUGAGGAGCUCAGUCAGCCUGCUUAUAUAGAGCUCCAGAACAAUGCAACUGUUGCCAUUUUCUAAAACUAUCCAAUCACUGAACAUCACUUUUUGAUCCUUCAUUUGCAUACAAAACUAUCCAAUCACUGAACAUCACUUUUCGAUCCUUCAUUUGCAUAACUAUCUACAGUAUCCCCCUGCUGGCCCAGGGUGAGAACUUCAGUACAUAACAGCAAGAGCCCAAGGCCUGGCAGUGGGUCCGAAUGGACCCAUAGAGAGAAGACAACAAAAAUUGAUGCAGCCUCAUAGUUAGACUUCUAUAUAUAAAACUCUAAAGGUGCUCUAAGGGCAACCUUCCCCUCCGUUUAGUAAGGGAAACAAAAGUUACUGGCACUUACGAUUUCCAGAUUGUCAGUGCAAUCCUAUAAAUGUUAUCUUAGAAAUAAGUCCCACUGAGGUCAGUGGUGCUUAUUCCAUCGUAGGUUUGUUUAAGAUUGCUGCCAGAAUCACGAAGGCCUACAAGUGUGCAUUCACUGUUGAUUCAUUUAGAGACUGUGCCCUCAGCCUGUGGUUCUCUAUUCCUUUCAGGCAGAAUGAAGUUUUGUGGAGGGAGGUUGUGUGUCUCAGGCAGAAUCAUUCACAGCAUGAGAAAGUGAUCAACAAGGUAACGUUUCUGUUGAUGCCAAUAAUGUGGUGGGGAGUAUUUGCUACUUGCAGAUUGGGGGGGGGGGUUGGCUCCACUGAAAUUGGCACAUGGUCAACAGUCAGGACUUUCUCAAGGAACUCGGGGGAAUGUGGUUCUGUGCGGCAGAUCUGAUACAGGAGUGGGAAACAUUUUCAACCCAAAGGGCAUAUUUCCUCAUGAGCGACAUUCCCACAUGGGCAACCUCUUAGGUGCCACAUUCCAAUGCUGGGCAGGGUUAGAGGCAAAAGUGGGUGGAGCAAUAGAAUGGACUCUUGCCUUUGCACAAUAGGCUACAUUCCAGCCAUGCAAAGCCUCAUGUUUACACACACACACACACACAUUUCCAUCUGUCCUUGCCCUCACAGCCUGAAGAAGACAAGCUUUCCGAAUUUGUGCAGAUGCUUCAGGACCACGGUAGCUACAUUUCAUCUCAGGAAUCACCCAGAUUUCUGAUCCAAUGUGGCACAAAGUUGGGGUGCCUUCUGUUGCCUCUGGGCAGGGUAGUAUCUAUCAAUAUGACCACCCUCCCCAAAGGUCCCUUCCUAUUCCAAGUGUUGCAUGUUCACUGCAAUCUUAUAAGAGUGCACACUUUUGAUGUAUGCUUACAUUCAUGUCGAGGAAGAUGGCCAUGUCUGUCUCAUCUUGCCUGCCCCUGUCCUUCAUUUUUGGAAACUUGAAAGUUGCCUUAUACAAGAAGUUGCCUUACAUCAAGUCAGAUCAUUGCUCAAUCUAGCUCUGUGUUGUCUACACAGACUGGAUGUGACUCUCCAGGAUUGCAGGUUAGGGAGCUGCUCAAAGCACUACCUAUAGACAUUGGGGGUUGAACCUAGAUCUCCAUGCAAAGCAUGGAUCUUCUCCAUGCAAAGCAUGGAUCUUCUCCAUGCAAAGCAGAUGCUUGCAGCCCUCCUUCCCCUUCCAGGGGAAGGAGCUCCUCCUUGUGUGAGCAGAGAGGUGGACGGUGGAGUGCUGAAUCACUGUGCUGACUGACAAACACCUGACCUUGAUUUCCCUGACAGCUGAUUCAAUUUCUCUUCGGCCAGCUCCAAUCCAGCCCCAGCAAUGCUGGAAUAAAGAGAAAGCUGUAAGUACCCUCAUGUGACUGCAUGGACAUGCACGGGCAAGAAAUUAGUUGGGGGCUCACCCUUCAUUUUAACCCCCCCCCAGCUCAGCUCCAAGUGGCGUGGUAGGUCACCAGACCUGGGCACCAUGGUGACAGAAAAAUGAAUGGGGCUGGGAACUGAUGAGUCAGAGCUGCUGACAGGUCUCAUUCAGUGCCCUUGGAGAACCACCCUGUCAGCUUGCUGUGACCUUUGUUUUAGUGGUAUACAGGGGAUUGAAAGAAGAAAAUUUGAAGAGAAAGCGGAGUGGAGGCAAGGUCCCCUGUGGAAACCACAGAGAGGUUUUCCAGUAAUAUCAUUACAGGGGGUGGGGGAGGGAGGUGCACCUAUGGGACUGCCAUGCCUAUUAGGUGAGCUUAUUAGGUGGCUGUAAACAGAUGCAAAGUCUAGGGAAGGCCUGUGAUGGUUUGCCAUAUGGACAGCCUAGGAACAUUAGAGCUGCCUUGCUGGAGUAGACCAAGGGGAGGUCUAAUUUAGGACUCUAGUUACAGGAGUAGCAACCCCACAGCUCUUGGCUCAGAGGACAAGCUGCUGUAUUUGUGAGCGAGGGGUGGUGUGACUAGUGUUGGCAGGGGCUGAUGGGAGUUGUAGUCUAAAACAUCUGGAGGGCACCAGGUUGAAGAAGGCUGGUGUUGUGGAAAUUGCUUUGAAUGAGUGGGGAGCCUAGACCUCAUGGAGCAGUUUCCGUGUGUUUGUGUUUCCAAGUGCCACCUGAUCAGCUGAGAAGCCUCCUAAAGCCCCAAAGAAGCGCCAGCUGUUCUUUCCUCUAGCUGCCCCCGGAAAGAUUCAACACUCACCCACAGAACCAAUGAGCUUUUGAUAGUGUUCUUACAAGUCACACAUCAGAGUGACUGAGAUGACGGAUUUGGGCUUCCUUCUCUCAACAGACCUCUUAUGCUGGAUGAUGGCAACUCUGCUCCACAAAUGACAAAGUUCAGGAAGCAUUUGUCUUUGGAUCCCAUUCAUGACUCCUAUUUCAUCCAGUCGGUGAGUUUGGGAUGACGUCCAUCUAAUUUAGUCUUCUUGGCUGCUCUUAUUUAUUUGCAAGGUGCUAGCGAUUAAUCAAACAUUUUUUAAAAGUUUUAAUUAUUUUUAAACAUACAUCUGAAGCUGUCUUUUCCCUGAGUCAGAUCGCUGAUCUAUCUUGCUCAGUAUUUGUUGUGUACAGCACUGAGUGGUGGCAGCUCUCUGGGAUUUCAGAUGGUAGACUUCUCCAGUCCUUACUAGAGAUGCCAGGGAGUGAACCUGGGACUUGCUGCAUGCAAAACACAUGCUUUGUCGCACUAGGUUACCCUUUCAGUACAGAUACUUGCAAACACUGUGAAUGACAGCAGGUGCCAUCUAUGAAGAAGCAGACAUUCUUUCACAUACAGGAAACAUUUCUUCUUUUUAAAUGGUCCCUGCUGAAACAAGAGCCUGUGUGCUUCAUCUGAAAGUAAAGGAGUCAUGCUUCCGCCCCCCCCACCCCCUGCUUCAAAAUACAGUUGUUGCUUUAUUCAUGUUCGCAUCUAUGCAAAUGUAAUCAAUUAUUCAGUUAAAUUUAAAUUCUAAUUCAUUUAAAUCAGAUUGUUCCACUCAAGAAUGCCUCCAUGUUUUGCAAAGGCAACUUGUAGGCAGCACAUUUCUGUUUCACCAGGCCCUUUGGCUUUUAAUCAUCUGUGGCCUCAGAGGGCGCGUGUUUUUAUCCAGUUUCUAAAAAUAGAAUUGCCUUUUAGAUUUUUCUUUGUUUUCUAUUAUCCCAGUUUCAAUGUAUCUAUCUGCUUGGUUCUUUUGUAUUGUAAGUCACUUGGAGUUACUUUGUUUAAAAAAGUGAGCAAUAAAGUUAACAAAAUAAACUUGACUGGAAAAAAAACACUUUCCUUCAGGAAACAUGUGUCCCCAAACCUUUGUUUAUGGAAGUAAUUUGUGGGUUGAGGGUGGAGAGUUUAAAAUGGUUUCAGGGGAGAUUUGGGGUGCAAGGGUAGUGUUAAGCACCCCUUUUUCGUAUACAUGGAUUUCCUCCUGCAUAUAGGUCCCUUAAAAAAAUAAAUGUCCUGACAUUAGCAUCACAAGGCAAAAAGGGGGGUUGGGAAUUUGCUAUGUAAUGUGUGCCUGUUCCACACUAAGUGGGACCUUCCUCCCAAGCCAAUCUGUAUAGUUUCAAUUGGCAAGAAAAAAAAGCACAAUUACCAGUGGCUCCAUCAGGGCAGGAUUUGAGGGCAGCCUCCUUCCCCGCUGCCCUGCUGCCUCAGCAGAAUGAGCAGGAACUCCCCCCCCCCCACUCCAGCAGCUGGUUACAUUCUGAAGCAGAACCUUAGAAGACUGUGUCCUGUUCUGGGCACCACAGUUUAAGAAGGAUAUUGACAAGCUUGGACGUGUGUGGAGGUGUGAGACCCAGAUGAUAAAGGGUCUGGAAACCAAGCCUUAUGAGGAACAGGAGUUAGCUGUGUUUAACAUGGAGAAAUGUAGACCAAGAGGUGAUAUGAUCGCCAUCUUCAGUUAUCUAAAGGACUGGCCAAUGGAGCAAGUUUGUUUUCUGCUGCUCCAGAGGGUAGGACCCAAACCAAAGGAUUCAAAUUACAAGAAAGGAGAUUCUGACUCAACAUUAGGAAUAACUUUCUGAUGGUGAUGUUACGAGCUGUUCAGUACCUUCUAAGGUAGUGAAUGGACUCUCCUCCAUUGGAGAUAUUUAAACAGAGGUUGGUUGGCCACUUCUCAGGGAUUAGUUAGCUAUGAUUUCUGCAUUGCAAGGCUAGCUGACCCUUGGCUUCCCUUCCAACUUUACAGUUCUGUGAUUCUAUGACUUGAAGUGGUCUCAAAUUUAAUAUAGUCCAAUUGGUGCAGGUACUACCGGUAUAUAGAGCGGGGCCCCCCACAUGAUUUAAUUCUACAGUCUAACAUUACCCAACUGCACCGCUGACCGUUACAGCGACGCUUUACUGUUGCAUUGUUUAAAAAUAUGUCUUUCCCCCCAUCCUUGCCUGCAGCCAUCUGCAGAACCUGCUUCGUGCUUAAACAGCCCUGCUGUCCCCGGAGGGCCAAUAAUAUCAGAUGUUACUGAAGUGUCGCCAUCUAAUGCUGUAGUCAUGCAGCCUACUUCCAACAGGGAGAGGUAAGAAAAAUCAAGUGUUUUAGUGAGCAACAUGGAUGGAUGUAGGAGACAGAAAUAAAUAAAUGCCACAGGACACUGAAUAGGCCAGGGCCAGCUUUGCCAUUAGGGCUCCUCCAGAUGGGUGGUUUUUGUGUCCCCCGCCCCCGUGUGUGUUCUGCAACAUGUGGGAUUCUUUAGUUGAGAUUGCUCCAUAGCAGGGGGUUGGACUAGAUCACCCUCGGGAUCCCUUCCAACUCUGCAAUUCAAUGAUUCUAUAAUUCUACGUCACUAGUGCAUUAAUAAUGCAUUAGUGGUGGAUUUAUACUCAGUCGUCUGCUUAUAAUGCUGCUUUUGCAGGAUGGACUUUGCCUAUAGUGAGAAUAUCGAAAAGGUUCCCCUGCCACUUCUGCCUUUCAGUCCCCCCCUCCCCCAUUGUCUCAAUUAGCAUUUCCAAUAUUUAUUUAUUUUAUUGCAAUUAUAUCUCACCUUUUUUUCCAACAAGCUCAGGGCAGUGUACAUGGUUCUCGUCUUCUCCAUGUUAUCCUCACAACAGCCCUGUGAGGUAGGCUAGUUGAGAAACAGUGAUUGGUCACCCAGUGAGUUUCCUGGCUGCUUGGAGAUUUGAACCCUGGCCUCUCAGGCUUAGUCCAACACUCUAACCACCAUACCACACUGUAUUCAUGCCCACUGCUUCUCCUCUCCAUUUUGCACCCUCCCCUUGAUAUGGGGGAAGGAACUGACUUUCAUGCACGUUGGUUUCUGCUGUGUGCCUGGUUUUGGCCCUGGAGUGAGUUGAAAGGAAAAAAGCAUCAGGGUGGCGCUGAAACUUGUCUUUGGUUCAGGGAAACCUGCCUCCUGCUGGUCAAGGAAGAACCCAUUAGCCCUGAGCAGAAAGCCGCAUCCACAGAUCCUGCUGUCCCCUUGAUUGGCUGUAAUGUCUGCUCAGACCCUCCUGUGUUGCCUGUUGCCAUGGUUCAGUCUGUGUUAGACGGCAGAGGAGCUGCGAUGUGCCACAGCCAGCAAGUUUGCAGACACUUGACAGAAGAGGCAGAAGGGCACCUCUAGACAGGUGAGGGGAGGAGCGCCACUAUGUGCUCUGGCACCACACUGUUUCAUUGCUUGUGGAUGGGAGAGUAUUGCAUGAAGGCUUUAGUCAUUGCAGCUAUGCAAAUAUUUGCUUGUGCUUUAGGGGAUCCUGAGGAUGCAACUAGCAAAACACUGAUUCUUUAGGUGCUCAUCACACCAAAAAGAACUAUUGCAGAGGUGGGGAGUGUGUGGCCCUCUGUAUGAUCUGGACUACAAUUCCUAUCAUCCUUGAGCAUUGGCUAUUCCAGCUGGGGCUGAUGGGAGCUUGAGUCCAACAACAUCUGGAGGGCCACAGGCUCCCCAUUCUUGGUCUAUAGUUUAACCUAAUUCCAGGUUAAGCUAUGAAGUGGAUCCUGGCAUGAGACUCAUAGGGGAAUCCUAUAACUUUCUUCAGAAACUUGUUAUGAAGAUAAAAUUGGGGAAGACAAAACACCAUGCCCUUGCCUUUUGUUGCUUGGACAACAGAUGGGGGGAAAGAGUGUUGAUCCACCUGUUAUACAAAUGCUUAACCUGAAUCCCAGUGGGCAACUCUUCCUCUUGUGUUUUCACAGAGCAGAAAUCUCUGAUCCUUUAGAUGGUGCUGAUUUGAAUCUGGAAGGCCUUCAGAUCCUACUGAGAAACCAGCAGUAUAAUCUUGAAGCUGCCAGUCCUUUGGAUGUAAGUUUUUGUCUAACCAUGAUAAGAGUUUUAUAGUUCCAUCAUUCUUGUUUUUCAAAGUUGUAGAAGCCACCCUUAGAGCAGAUACAAGUCUUCAAAUCCAUAAACUCCUCACACACAUUGAACUAACUGGUUUCUGAAUGGUAAAUGGUAAAAUACACACUUUGAGAUUAUCGGGUUUUCCUGGAAAAUGUUGAGACUUGGCUGACUCAGUUAAGCUCACUAGCUGGCAGAGAUUUGUGGAAUUAAAACGAAUGCAAAAUGCACCCUCCAUUAGCAACAUCUUAUUAUGUUUAACCUAGAAAUUUGGCUAAUGAAAUCUGAGGAAGCAAAAUUUGGGCAUUUCCUUUUCUUUUACAAAAUUUCAGGCAAAAGAAAGACAUGUACACAAUACAUGAUUAUUAACUUAUGGAACUCCCUGCCACAAGAUGUUCCCAUCACAAUCACACUCUUCCUAGCCUGCCCCCCUCCGGUGCACAGAGUUUGGGUGAGUCAACAAAAUUCAGCCACUGGUGGGAUUUGGUUGCUCAGUCACCCACACAGGCUGCUCUGAAUACCCACAUCUACUUUAUUUUAUAUCUUUCUUUGCCCUUUUCUUCUUCUUCUUCUUGUUAACUAGAGAUUUUUUAAAGAAUUGGCAAAACCUGUUUCCUACAAUCUGAAUAACAGAAAUCACCGUGACUGAAAUCCUACCUGUGGAAUUAAUUAUACAGUUUGACGCCACCCUGAUUACCCAGGGUUCAUGGUUCCUUGGGAAUGAGGCACAGUGGAGACUGUGGUGUAUUUAGGAUAUAUGGUUUAUUUAUACAUAUCUACAACCUGAGCCUACAAUGGGGGGUGGGGUGCUCACAGCUUUAACACCCCAGUAGUGCCUUGCUUCCCCCAUAGCCACAGCCUUGGAUUUGAGCAGAAAUCAAACAUGGUUCUCUCUAUCUCUGACUUACAAGCCGCCUGCUUUUCCAGCUUCCAGCUCCUAGCUUAAAUCACUGCACUCUCUAUCACCUCACCAGGAAUUUGAAUCCUUACUUGCUGGAUCUAGGGGUAAGAAGGGUCUUGACAUACAGCCUACUUCCCCCCACCCCAAUGUGGGCAGAGCAGGAAUCAAAUGAAGCAAAAACCUUAUAUCCUCCUGAUGUUUUUUAGCUGUGGUUCAUCUUACACCUUGUUUGUUUUAGGUUUUCAACCCCACUAUAUCUGCAAGUGAAUGGAAUUUGAAUGAUGUGGAGGCCAAUUUGUCCUCGGUAAGACAUGCAUGCACAGGAUGGGAGGGGGGGUGGGAGUGGCAUCUGGACACCACCAAAACACCUGCGGCAUUGAACUGGGAGGAACUUGCAGGAGACUCUGAGAUAGGGCUGGACAAAGUCCUUCAACACAAUACAAACAGAACCACACAGACGUUCGCCUGACCUUCAUUCCCAUGAAAAGUGGGGAGGGGGAAAUUUCUAGGGCCUGGGCAUAGCCAAGGGAGGGUGUGGGGAAGGUCAGUCACCCCCCCAUCAAGUUAAUCAGUACAAAAUACUUAGCUGAGGUUCUGCCCCCUCUAACAUAAAGCCUGCCCCCAAUAUAAAUCCUGGCUAUGCCCAUGUUCUAAGGUGAGUAGUGUGAAUCUCUAAAUACUUUCGGGUGUGGGAUAUGUUUACUAGAAGGCUGGGUUGGCUUUUGCCUAGGAGCCCAAAAUUUGCCAAAGGAUGAGAGAGAAAUUUGAUUUAGUUUGCAUUUAAAGUUGAAUCCACUAAACUUGCACGAGAUUGAACAAUAUGCAAACCAAAACACAGUCAUCCUUCCAUAAAUGCACUUCUCUGAAUUUUGCAAUACUGUUCAUCAGCCAAGUAAUAUGUACAAAAGAUAUUAGUGAAAAUAGCAUGAACAGAGUAGCCACGUGCCCAGACACAGCUGCUUUGGGCCUUAGACAGCCUCUCUCUGCAUUUAGUGAUGAUAGUUGCCUACCUAGCACAGCUAUUUCCAGGACAGCAGAUGUAAUGUUACUGCUUGAUUGGUUUCUCUGUCACAGCACCCCUCUCUUCCUGCCUUUGUAUAAUUGUGCAUUGUUGUAGUUUGUGUUUUUGCAUCAGGACACAGAUGCCAACUGUGGAUCUGGAGAAGAAUGCAAAUAAGAGGUCCUCCCGAGUGUUAAAUCCCCAAAUUAAUGCCUCUUGCUCAGG